UAGCCCUCCACGGUCUCACAUGCUCGCCAUCUUUUGUUCCUCUUUUCUUCGCAGGUGGAGAACUCCUUCUCACAGCAUUUUCCUUAAAUAGAACUAUUAUGGGAGAUAGUGACGAAGAACACGACAGGAGACGAGCUCGAGACAAAUUUCGUAGAGAAAGAAGUGACUAUAAUGAUCGAAGACGCGACCGUGAAGAAAGAUCUUCACGUCGAGAUGAGUGGUCCGACAGACGCCGUGAGCCAUCGUGGGAAAAUAGACGGCGUGGAGAGUAUAGAGAAUUUGAUCGAGGAAGAAGAGAUAGCUCUGGGAGACACCACGAAAUGAGUCCUCCCAUGAAAAGAGUUAGAAGAGAUUGGGAUGAGCCAUAUCAUGGGGCAGGAGACUACAAUGUACCUUACAGUGGUGUUCCAGCCCAUAACACAUGGUCACACCCAGAUGUUCAACAGCUACAAGCAUCACAGCAGCAGGAUGCCAGACAACAAAGGGCUGAAGUUGAACAACAGCCACACCCUCAGGCAAGUCCUGGCCCAGCCAUGAUGACAUUUAAACAGUUCCUAAAUGCGCAAGAUGACAAUAUUGGUGACGAAGAAGCUUUUAGAAAGUAUCAAGAAUAUAAACUGGAAUUCAGAAAAACUCAAAUUAGUGAUUUCUUCCAGCAACACAAAGAGGAAGAGUGGUUUAGGAUGAAGUACCAUCCCAAAGAAAUGGCCCUAAAACAAAAGGAGUAUAAAAAAUCAAUGCAACGUCGCCUCUCUGUAUUUCUGAACCUACUUAAAACUGGAAGGGCUGAUGAUAUAUCACUGGACAUUGAUAACUCAGAGGCCAUCAUUAAACUUCUUGAUUCAGUGGUUAUCAAGUUAGAAGGAGGCUUGGACACUGAUCUGGUUGUGUUGAACUGUCCGCCCACUCCUCCCCCUGAGAGGAGACGAUCUUCAUCAAAUCCUCUUAUGUCUCCACAAACUGAUGAUAUGGCAACUGAUGUUAAAAAGGAAGAAACCCUUCAAAAUAUCAAGGACAUCAAAAAAGAUCCAGAAGCUGGUCCUGUUUCACCAUCAUCUGUUCCUCUUCCGUCUGCUCCUCCACCAGCAUCAGUGAAAGCUGCUGCAUCAAAAAAGGAGAAUGGGGAUAUGAAGGUUAUGUCCAUUAGUAAUCCUACUCUGGAGCAACAACAGCUUCAACAUCAGGCUCAGCAGUACUACCAUCAGCAACAGCUUUAUUAUCAGCAGCAGUAUUAUAGCAAUUAUGAUCCUCAACAACAGCAAGAACAAUAUUCAAAGCAAUAUCCACAGGAACAACAGCAAGAAUUACCACAGACAUCCCAACCAAAUGAAGAUCCACCUGCACAACAGCAAGGGGUUAAAAAGGAAGAAGAGCCAAAAAAGAAACGGAAAAGACGUCAUCGUGAACCUUACUAUUAUGAUGCUAUGGAUGAUGAUGACAGUGAAAGUGAGUCUGAAUCUGAUUCUGAACCUGAGCCUGCUCCUCCUGGGGAAGAAAUGUCACCAAUGGAUACUGGAAAAGAGGAUGAAUUGUUACCACCAGGGGUAGAUGCUGGGUCUAAAGGUAUAGAAGAAAACGUGCAGCAACCUGAUGACCAAAAUAAAGCAAGCCAGGUGGAAAACAUUGUCCAACUUCCUACAAGUUCAUCAAAUGCUAAACUGCAGACAUCAACUGAAGAUAAACCAGAUUCAUGUGAGCCACAUGUGGGCUCCAGUCAGCCAGAAACAAGCACCAGUGGUAAUGGUGCUGUAACAGAGGCCGGGUCAUCCCAUGCUGUAGUUGAAACCAGUGGAGAAACAGAAUUGUCUGAUGGUACACCUGCAGAUUCAACUCAAGGACUGCAUGGAAAAGAAAGAAAAGAAGAGUUCCAGGUUGAAACAAGUAGCACAGAGCAAGCAGAGAGUAGCACAUCUAUUCCAGGAAAGGAUGCAUACCAAGUUGGUAGCACUGAUAAUGGUAUCAGUACAAUGGACAAACAUGACAGCAGUGAAAUUUUUCCUGAACCAAGCAGCAGUGAGGCUCAGGGUAAGGUAGUGUCCAUGGAGGCAGAGCCGUCAAGUGUGUCUCCUUUGCCACAUCAAGUGACCAAACCCGCCAUAGAACAGGUUCUGCAACAAGUUGAAGCCAUUGAAGAAGAGGAAACUAAAGGAGACUACAACAAAAUUUCAGAAAAGAAGGAAAUCGUUGAAAAUACAAGUCCCAUUAAGGAAAUUCCAAAAGAAAAUAAAGAAAAAACAAUAGAGGAAAAAGAAAAUAAAGAAAAAACAAUAGAGGAAAAAGAAAAAGAUACAAGAGAAGAGGGGGAGGAAAGGGACAAAGCAAUUGGUGAGGAUGGAAAGCAACUCUGUGUGACUGCUGAACCUCGUGCAUUGCACAAAACAUUUUCACUGUUUAUGAGAGGUAUACCACCAAACAUUUCUAAAGCUGACAUUUCUGCGGUAUGUAAAAGAUUUGCUGGAUUCCUUCGGGUUGCUCUGUCAGACCCCAGUCCUGAAAGAAAAUUUAUUAGACGAGGAUGGAUCACUUUUGACAGGAGUGUAAACAUAAAAGAAAUCUGUUGGGACUUGAAUAACAUAAGGGUAAAAGAUGCAGAGUUAAGUCCAGUUGUGAACAGGGAUCUUUCUCGACGAGUUCGGUCAGUGGCUGGUGCUGCUUUGGCUAAACAAGCCAUCCGCCAUGACAUCAAGUUAGCGGCCAGGCUCAUCAGAGAGUUUGAUAAGAGAGCUGCUUUAUAUGAAAAGGAGACCAAGGAAGAGACUGAGGCGAGGGAGAAGGCCGAGAAAGAAGCGGCUGAGAAAACGGAGGAGGGUGAAGAAUGUGAAGCUAAACCUGCGGAUGAAUGUGAAAUACCCGACCUACCGAAUGAAAACCCUAUUCUAUCCUCUCUGUCUCAAGAUGCCGCCGAAGAAGAAGAAGGCGAGGAAAUGGAACUUAUGCGGACAACCUCAACGUCUCAGGGGGACUCUGAGGAGGAGAAACCCGAGGUUGAUUUAUCAUGUGACAGCAGUCUUAUGCGUGUGUUAGAUCGUUUGAUUCUGUAUUUAAGGGUGGUUCAUUCAGUGGAUUACUACAAUGGUACAGACUAUCCUUAUGAGGAUGAAAUGCCUAAUAGAUGUGGUAUUAUUCAUGUGCGUGGUGCCGCACCUGAGAAGUGCACUCUGUCUGAAGUUCAAGAAUGGCAAACUGGUAUAAAUCAGAAGCUUGAACCUUUUCUACAAGAGAAGGAAUCGCUCAAGGAUGAGGAGGUUGCCCAGCUUGGGAAGAAAGACCCUGAAGCUGAAAUAGAGAAGUUUGUUGAAGCAAACACUCAGGAACUGGCGAAAGAUAAGUGGCUCUGCCCACUGAGUGGGAAGAAAUUCCGAGGUCCUGACUUUGUUCGAAAGCACAUUUUUAACAAACACUUGGAUAAAGUGGAAGCUGUCAAGAUGGAGGCAGAGUUUUUCAACAAUUACUUAUCAGAUCCCAAACGGCCACAAAUUCCUGAAUUCCCCACACCCCAGCGUCCACCUGGAAACCACGUGGGACAAAUGUAUGGACAUCAACCCACGCAAACUAUGAUGGGAUGGGGUCCCAGGCCUCAAAUGGUCCUAUAUGGCCCCCGAGGACCUUAUACUCCCCCAGCAUACGGAGGCUACGGUCACGAAAUGUAUGGCAGAGGACACACGUUCCCCCCAAAGCCACGCAGAUUUGGGUUUGGUGGAGGAAGAAAUAGAGGAAGCGAAAGGGGCGGUUUCCAUCGUGACCCUAGACAGAUUAUUCAGUAUAAAGACUUAGAUGCCCCAGACGAUGCAGAAGCCUUCUGAACUGCAUGAUGUGAUCAUUUACUGUACUUUACGUACAAAGAUUAGCACUGUGAACCCUGCAGCAAACCGAAAAACUACUCAGCCCUGAAAUGCGGAGACAUGCUAUUGUAUUUAUUUUUAGUUACUCAGUUUUCCCUGGUAAUACUCUAUGUUUUCAUCUUGGAAGUGAUACAUCAUCUACUGAACUCUCAAAAUAAAUAAAUAAUAAAACUUGA